AUUUCAUUUAUAUUCCUUUUUCUUAUUAUGUCUUCAUUUUUAAGGUCAUUAGGUAGUUUUUUAUCAGGAAGUGAAAGUACAAUACCGACAAUAGAAGAAUUAUCCAAACCAAAACCUAAAGAAGCUGAACAUGGUGAAGUCUCCAUCGAUCAAAUUCCACCUAAUGAAUUACUAGUCAAUGAAGAAGGCUGUGAAGGUUGUUCUGGCGAAGAAUGUGAACAUCAACAAUAUCCUUCUUAUUUAGAUUUUGAUACUCAAUCACCAUUGUUGGGUUCCAUGGUGCCCUAUGGUCGUCAUUUUAUGAUCAGUACAGCACAAUGCGAUUGGCCGGCACAUAUUGAAGAAGACUACGGCACAUUGGCUGCCAACUUACAAGCACUUUUAGUAUCUAAUCCAAUGCCCUGGCGUACAUUUGUUACAAAUACUUCUCUAGUGCCAAAAUAUUCAAGCGUUAUUCGUUGUGGAUUAGAUGUGAUUAUAUUACCUGAUAAUAUUAUUGUUGGCGAUGUUACACCUGAUGAUGCUCAACUCUUAUAUGAUGUGUUUGUUAAGAUGCCCUUGCCUACUUCAAAUGAACCUAUUCAUAUUGAGGCAGCAUUUAGAAAUUAUAAUUUGGGAAAUUUGACUAUUUAUCCAAAUCCUUACGAUUCAAUGAUUUUGAUCUGUUCACAUAGAAAAAGAGAUAAACGAUGUGGUGUAACAGCGCCUAUACUAAAUCGUGAGUUUGAUCAUGUAUUAAGAGAAUUGGAUAUUCCUGAUGGUGAAGGUGGUUGUGGAGUAUUUAUGGUUAGUCAUGUAGGAGGUCAUAAGUUUGCAGGAAAUGUGAUUUGCUACAUAAAUAAAGGCAGAACUGGAAUAUGGUAUGGUCGUGUAAAGACUUGUCAUUGUCGUGAAAUUAUAGAAGAAACAAUCAUAAAUAAGAAAGUCAUUAAAGAAUUAUAUCGUGGUUCAAUGUCUCAUAGUUUUGGUGAACCUACACUUAGUAAAUGUAAUAGAAUAAAAUGGUAGAUAGUUGUAUAUAUAUUUAAAUAAAGCUUAUUCGUAUACAACAAGCAAGUUGGCAUAGUUUAAAUUCUGCUUCAAGCGAUGUGC